AUGGAAGCCCUCCUCAUCCUUCUGCUUGUGGCCGGUGCCAAUGCCUGUGGAAAUCCCAGUUACCCAGCAUACACAAGGGUAGUCAAUGGAAUCAAUGCAAGACCAUAUAGCUGGCCCUGGCAGGUUUCCUUGGAAGUGGACCGAGGAACGUAUUAUUCCCACACCUGUGGAGGUAGCCUCAUUGACAGUAACUGGGUCGUAACAGCAGGUCACUGCAUCAGCUCAGGCCGCGCUUACCGUGUGGUGCUUGGUGAGUAUGACAGGAAAUCAGAUGAAGGUCCAGAAGAGGUCAUAACUGCGGCAAAGAUCUUCGUUCAUCCUCAGUGGAACCCGAGCUGUCUGUCCUGCGGGAAUGACAUUGCUCUGAUCAAACUUACAAGGCCUGCAGUACUGAAUGACAAGGUCAAGACAGCCUGCAUUCCUCCUGCUGGUUACAUAUUUGAAAAUGACUAUCCCUGCUACAUAACUGGAUGGGGCAGACUCUACACUGGUGGGCCACUCGCAACAAAGUUGCAACAAGCACUACUGCCAAUCGUUGACCAUCAGACAUGCGAGCAGAGGGACUGGUGGGGGAGCAUUGUGAGAACUACUAUGGUCUGCGCUGGAGGAUAUGAGAAGUCUGGAUGUAAUGGAGACUCUGGUGGUCCUUUGAACUGCCAAGGUGCUGAUGGAUUGUGGUAUGUUUAUGGUGUAGUCAGCUUCGGGUCAAGUAGAGGCUGCAACACCCCUCAAAAACCAACUGUCUUCACCCGAGUGUCUGCUUUCAAUUCUUGGAUAGAUACAGUAAGUGAAAUUCCAGACAGACUGUGA